GUUUUUGACGGAGGAAAGGAGAGCACGCAACAACAUUAGUUAAGAAAAAUAAUUAAACAUAAUAAUUAUUCGGAGUCGGAAACAAUGCUUCGCGUACGGCGUCGGUGCGGAGAGAGAGCGGAGCGGUGGUGACGUCGUGACGAGCGGAGCUGUGGACGAUGACCGCUGAACGCCGACGGCGAGGGGCGUGCCCGACGUCCGCCGCGAGCGACGCGCAGCGGGAAGAAGAAAUGUGGCGCGAAACCCGCCACAGUAUGGUUUAUCUGGUAAGCGGAUACAUACCAUAAACCAUUCAUAGACCUCGAUUUAAAAUAAUUAUUAUCAAGAUAAUUUAUUGUAUUAUUAUUUUGUUUGAAACAAUCAAAGAAAUCUUGCUCACAACCAUUGACCAGGUUCCGGCAGUAGUAUUUUUUUCUAUGGCUCUGUCACGCAAUGAAGAUUUAAGGUGUACCGAUAUAUCGAUUAUAAUAUCUUAAACCAACGCAAUCACGCAGGGUAUAUUUUAUAGUUCAAGAAAGCACCGCUAAAAUCGUGGUUAUUAUAUUCCUCCACUUAGGUAUUCACCGUCGCAAAACUCAACUCUUUACUGCACCGCUACCACCCGCCAUCAUUGUUGUUACCAGUCCAUAUUAUCUAAUUUCGUGAUAAUAACUAAAAAUAUUUUCAAGAUUAUUAUUUCAACGAUAUGCGAAUAAUAUUUGAUAAUGAUUCAUUCUACCAAAUGUCUUCGGUUCUUACAAUCCUUCACUUUCUAACUUUUGUUGACCAAUUGAAAAAUUCUAAACUGGUAAGAUCUUAUAACUGACAUAUUUGUUUAUUUUUCACAUGGAAUGUUUUUUUUUUUAAAUAUUUAUUUAAUUUGUUUUAGGUAUAUGGUUUUUGUUUUAAUUAUUACAUAUAUAAAAAAAAAUUGAUGAAACUAAUUUUUCGCCAAUUGCAAAGUUAUUUCAUAAACAGCCAUUUUUUUCAAUCAUACUCUACCAAGAUGAAUGCAUUAUUACCACCAGAAGUUGUACGAGGUAUGAAAAUUUUUAAAAUUGAUAAAUUCACAAAAUCAGUUACUGUACCAGUAAUUAAAGUUAAUAAAAAUAACAUUGAAACUGCAAAUAAAAUAUUAAGGAAUUAUAUUAUUAAGCUAAACAACUUUAGGUCAGUUCGUAAUGACUCUAAUGACUGUGAAUGUGUUUUCUUUCUUGAUCCAACCAAAUUUUCUACAUGUGAUGAUCUCAACUUGACCUUUAUUUCUGCUAAAAAUUUGAAUUAUGUAACUAUUGAAAUAGGUUAUAACAAUUGGAAUCAUGAUGAAAUACUUAAAGCAAUACUCCCAGAAAAAUCAAUGUUAUCAAGUUAUUCAUCUAUUGGAUCAAUUGUACAUGUUAAUCUCAAACCAGAAUUGUUAGAUUAUAAAGACAUUAUUGGACAAGUACUUAAAGACAAAAUCAAGGGAUGUAAAAGUGUUGUAAAUAAAAUUGAUAAUAUAAAUAAUGUAUUUAGAAACUUUGAGUAUGAAGUUAUUUGUGGUUCAUCUGAUCUUAAAACAACAGUAAAGGAAAAUAAAUGCUUAUUUGACCUAGAUUUUUCAGAAGUCUAUUGGAAUCCAAGAUUAUGUACUGAACAUGAGCGUAUUUUACAAAAACUUAAACCAGGAGAUGUGUUGUAUGAUGUGUUUGCUGGAAUAGGACCAUUUUCUGUACCAGCUGCGAAAAUGGGAUGCAUAGUAAUUGCUAAUGAUUUGAAUCCAAAUAGUUGUAAAUGGUUAGAAGUAAACAAAAAGAAAAACCGCAUUAAAGAUGAAUUAUUAACAAUUAUCAAUAAAGACGGAAGUAAAUUCAUUCAAGAAGACUUGAAGAAACAUUUAAUUUCAUGGUCAAAGAAAAUUACUUCAGAAAAUAAUAUACACAUAACAAUGAAUUUGCCAGCGAUUGCUGUAGAGUUUAUCAAGUAUUUUAAUAAUUUAUUUGAAUGGGAAGAAAUAUUUGAUUAUUCUUUACCAAUUUUGCAUGUUUAUACUUUUGUUAAAACUGAUCAAAAUUAUGAAUUAGGUUUAAAAUUAAUAAUGGAAGAAUAUUUCCAUAAUGUAAAAAAAGAAGAUAUUCAAGAAAUUUUAAGAGUCAGAAAUGUAGCACCCAAUAAGGAAAUGGUUCGAAUUACAAUUCAGAUGAGGAAGGAAGUACUAUGUAAAUCAGAAAUCGCAAAGAAAAGAAAAUUAAUUGAAAGCAAUUUUGAUUUUAAAAAAGCCAAAGAAGAUGUGUGAUUUUGUUUUAAUUGUGUAAUAUACUAUUUUGUAUUUAAUUAUUAUUUUAUAAAUUUAUUUAAUUUAUAUACUCAUUUGUAUACUAAAUUCUUCAUCAGUAUUCCAAUUAAAUAAUUAGCCAUUGAUUUCAUAGACAUAGGGUUAAGAGUAAUGAGUUAAUAAAUUGUUGAAAAUGUUGGAUAUCAUUAAUAUAUAAAAUAAUGAUAGCAUUUCAAUAUUUUCAAAUUUUGAUAUACCUACAUAUUUUAUCUUAAGUUUCAAAAUUGUGUAUACCCUGUUAUUAAAAUUAUUAUUAUUAAACCUAAUAUUAAAAUAAAGUAUGAUGUGCUUGUGUAUUAUGUAAAAAGGUGAUUAACAUAUUUUUUAAACAGUUUAACAAAUAUUAAAAUAACCAAAUAGUAACAAUUAAUUUCAUUUAUUUUCAUACAUAAUUUACCUAUUAAAUAGUUAACUUAUAAUAUAUAUAUAUAUAAUUUUAAAAUAUCACCUCAUAGUUUCAAUGUUUUGUAAAUUUAAUUGUACCUAUACAUAAACACAUUAAGUGUAUUUCCUUUUUUUUCUUUAUUUAUUGAAAUAAAUCUACAAUCUAUACAUUUUUUGUAUAAUGAGUAGGUUUGAUAAGUGUAAAUAAAAGUAGUUAACAUGAAUAAUAAGAUUAGGGAAGAUACUCCCUAGUGUAACAACCUAUUCAGUGUAUUUUCUGAAGAAAAAAAAAAAGUAAUAAUAUUACUUAUACUUUUUUGAUUAUUCAGUUUUAAUAAUUUAUUAUUUAAAUAUAAACUACAUCACUUAGAACUUAUCAUUUGUAUUAAAUUAUCUUGCCGUAUUUUAAUUGCAUAAUACUUUAAUUGAUGAUUAAACAAAAUACAAAUUUAAUAAUUAAUUCAUGAAAUAAUUUAAUCUUUAUUCAAUAUGCCUUGCAUAGUUUUAUAUUAUGUUUAAUAUAUUAAAAACUAUCUAAAACAAAAUAAGAAGGAACUGAAAAAAUACAUUUUUAGAACAAAAUAAUUUUUAUUAAUAUUUAAAAAUCAAAUUAACUUUAUUCAUAUUUAUAUAUAAAUAUUUAUUUAUAGAACUAUAAAUUAUUGAACAUUGAAGAACAAUCCAAUCUCAAUUUAAAAUAUAUGCAUGAAAAAAUGACAAUAAUGGAAAAGACAUCGGACUUGAUGUUAAAAUAUGUUUUUAAACGAAUUAUUUAUUUUAUCAAUGAUUUCAAAGAUUUAAUCAAUAAAACUGUUACUGUAAUAAAGGAUGACAUUUCGAAAACAAAUGGCUGUGGUAAAUUUGAAUGUAUUGUUUAUUUAAACUCUAUUGGAAUCUAUUCCAAUAGUGAAAAUAUAAUCAAACAAUUUGAACAGCAUUUAAUUAGUAAAUUGCCUAAUGAUAUACUAGUAUAUCCGCAUUAUACUGCACAUCCAGUAAAUUUUGAAGAUAUAAGGAAUUUUCAAACGCAUACACAUCUACUUCUUGGACAACACAUUUUUCAAGCUAUUAAGGUAAAUAUUUUAAUUAAAAGAUAUGUACAAUGGUAUAAAUAACUGAUAUUUUUAGGUAAUAAAAGAAAGUAUUGAAAAAUUUACUUUAGAAAAUAUAUUUUUGAGCUUUAAUGGCGGAAAAGAUUGUGUUGUUGUAUUGUACUUGUUUCAAGCUGUGUUAGAAGAAUUAAAAUUAAGUGGAUCAAUUAAAGCUGUAUAUUUUACAUCAGAUGAUCAAUUUUCUGAGGAGGAAGACUAUGUUCAAUCUACUGUGAAAAUGUUAAUUUUUAAAUAUAAAUAAUAUUAUUUUAUUAAUCAUUAAAUCAUUAUAAUAUUUAGGUUUAAUUUAGAUUUAACGGUUAUCAAAGGAGAACUUAAAACUGGCCUUGAUCAUUUUUUGAAAAAUAAUCCUAAUUUGUGUGCUUCUAUCAUAGGUACAAGACAGUCUGAUACAGGUUCCACAAAACUUCAAUUUUUUCAAGUAAAUUUUAAAUGUAUUUAUUUAGAUACAUACAUAACUUUAAUUUUCUAAAUAUUAGAAACUAAUAUAUUUAUUAUUUUCAAACUAAAUUUAAUAUAGUACUUAAAUAGAAAAAUAUAAUUAAGCAAAAACAAAUUCUGUAAGUAAAUCUACAUUCUUAAAAAUGUCUUACAUGUAAAAUAUAUUUAUUAAUUAAACUUAAAUUUGUAGAAAGAUACCCAUUAUUUACAUAAACAUUGAUGGUAGAUAUACAAUCAAAUAUCUCAUGUGAAAAUAUUUUAAGAAUAAAAAGAAUCAAUUUUGAAUUGAUAAUGAGUUAUCACUAUUUACUAUCUGUAAAGUUUUUUUUGUCAGUAAAAACGACCACCCAUUCCCAUAAAUGAAUAUCGAGUAAUAGAUCAGUUUGAAAAUGUUAUUAAGUAAUUAAAAUAUUAAAUUUUUUAAAUUUGAAAACCAGGCCCCUUAAUAUAAAAUAAGAUGUUAAAAUCAAAAAUUACUUCAAUAACCUGAUUAUGCUAUCAAGCUCUUCAUCUAUUUAUUUAUAAAAAUAAUCAUACUUGUAUUUAUAUUUUAGAAAACUGAUCCAGGUUGGCCUAUUUUAGUUCGUAUACAACCUUUAUUGCAUUGGAAUUAUGAUACUGUUUGGUCAUUUUUGAGACAAUUUUCUAUACCAUAUUGUUGUUUGUACGAUAAAGGGUAAGACAUUAAAAACAUAUAAUACUACCUAUUACAAAACAUAAACUAGUCUCAUUUUUUAUUUUUUUUAUUUUUUUCAUAGCUAUACAUCUCUUGGUAACAAGUCAAAAAGUUGCCGUAAUCCAAAUUUAAAAUAUAUAGAUGAGAAUACUGGAGAAGAAAAAUAUUGGCCAGCGUUUUUGCUUAAAAAUAGUAAUUCAGAAAGAGAAAAUCGAUUAUAAAUAUUAAAAAGUAUAUUUAUUAAAAUUAGGUGAAGGAGUUCAAUAUAGAUAAAAAUAUUAAUACAUACAUUUUGUUUUCUUUUUUUACUAUUAAUGACACUUAAUAACUAAUGUACUACGCACUCCAAUUUGCCAUACAGAUGCAUUGUCAUCAAUUAAUGCUGCCUCAAUAUGUACUUGAUGUUGACUUCCUUGGUUGAAACUUAAGCAAAAUUCUGAAGCAAAGAAAUCCUUAUGUGGUUUUACUGUUUGUGUUAACACCACAUUUCCUUCAGUUGGUCUUGUAUCAUGGUUUCUUGUUACUAAUUGUGACAUAACUGUUAAUUGAAUCCCGUCAACUUUACGAAAUUUAGCCUUUGUUCCGUGUUGUACAACUCCUUCAACUUUAACUACAAAAUUACUCCCCAUAUUUACAGUAAUCGGCUCCCCAUUAACUCUAGGUUGAGGCGAUACAGCUAAAGUUAUAGUAGUUGAUUGUAAAGUUUGGAAAAAAUAACGAGGGAAACACAUCGGUGUAGUUACUAAGAGGGAAGCUUGUUUUUUAAGAGACCGUAUAUGUUUAUGAGUGAUUGCUUUUUCUUUUACUGUACUCAUUAUUUCUAAGAGCUGUUGUCUACAUUUCACAAUCAAUUGUAUUUCCAAAGAACCUUCUUUUUCCAAUUCAGAAUCCAAAACUGGACAGUCACAUUUGUUUGGAACAGCUACAGAUUCAAUAUUGUGAGCCAUUAAUAAGCAUAAAUGUUGUAAUAGUUGCAAGUGGUAUAAUGUAUUAGGAUCAGCAUCAAAUGCUGAUUGAUAUAGUCUCCAAUAUAGAUCUGCACAUCCCUUAAAUUCCUUUGCUCUUUUUCUUAAUUGAUUUGUAAUAUGACCAUAACUUUGCAUUUCAUCUCUAGUAGCCUGUACUAUAGCUGAAGCAAUAGCUGGUGGUGGAGUAGUGCAAAAACUAUUGCACGUAGAUAAUAAACGCAUAAAACAUUGUAACAAUUCACAACGUAAACGUGUAUAUUCUGUUUGAAAAAUAAGCAUUAACGAUGCAGCUUUCAGAGCAGCAAUUGCUUUGUAGUAAGUAGAUAUAGAUUGGCCUAAAUUGCUCAAUAAUUUUGAAGGAUUUGAAGACAUGAGUUGAGACUCUGCUGUACUUAUAGUCUCCAAUGCAGCUAACCAAAAAUGCAUUUGUUCUGACCCAACACGAUUAUUUAGACUGCCAAAAAUUUUUGAACUUAUAGUAAAGUGGCCAUACCUAACAGCCGCUCGACCAAUUUUAUAAUUGGACCAUAAAUCAGUAUUUAGUAUUACAUCAUUAAUUACUCGUUUUACAUCAUCAUUUUCAUUGAAACCUGCUACAGCUUGGAAAAUCACAGUACAUAACAAAAUUGUAGUAGAUAUAUUAUCUUGAUUUUUACUUAAGUUUCUCAGUUGUUUUAUAAAAACUGGUAGAUUGGGCUGUAAAGUACCGGGUAAAAUACCACCAAAAGCAGCAAUAGCUUCACAUAUCAGUGGAGUUAACUCAGAUCCAUUUUGUUCUAAUGGUUUAACUAUAAGUGAAAGAAAUUCUGGGAUUAAAUUUUUAUUUGCCUUACAUAACAUAAUAGACGAUCGUAAACCAUCACGAAGAUAACUUGAUGAUUUAUCACAGUUUUCGUCUGUACUAUCGACAUCCAUUGGUUUAUAGGUAUUAUUUGUUUUUAAAAUACUAUAGAUUAAAGAUUUUUCUUCGACACUUAAAUCAUUAAAAUAAUUAUCAUCAUUGUGUUUUCCGGUAGAUAGUACAGACAAUAGAUAACUCUGUAUACAAACCUUCAAUGUAUUGGCAUCAUUUUCUGACAAAAUAUCUUCUUCAUAACAAUAACAUGCUAUAUUUGCUAAUACUUUAACUGCAUUUCCAGCAACUGAUUGAUGUAAUGAUCCUGAUUCAGCAAUACACAUGGACAUAAGUGGACAGUCCGUACUAUAAUGCAAUUGACAUACAGCUGGAGAUUUUGUUAAUGGUACAAAUACAUUUAUAGCAUUUGCUUUCAAAUUGUUGUCAACAUUUAAACUUUUACAAAAACUGACUAAAUUAUUAAUAGUUGAAACAGACCAAAAAUGUGCACCUUCUUUAGCAAUUUGAUAAAGACCAGAAAUGGCAUAAUUGCAAACUAAAGGUCGUUUGUCUUCACUUAAAUAUUUCAAAAGUAAUUCUAUUUGUUUAGGCACAUCUACUAAAAUUGAUAAAGCUAAUUGAUUAAGUGUCUUUAAUGUGACAAGUACAAAAUCUUGAGCUGGAUAUUUAUCCAACAAAUCAGUACAAAGGGUUCUUACCAUUGUUGCAGUAGUUGUAUCGUGAUGCAUAUGUUUUAAAAUAGGGAUUAGUUCAAGUUUCAUUACUACAUCAGUCGAAAUACCCUGUAUCAUAUUUGAAAUUUUACUGCACAUACUUAAAGCAAAUGAUUUUGAUUGAGCAGCAAAUUGUGCAGCAGCAUAAAUUGCAGAUUCUACUUCUACUGCGUUGUGAGAAUCUAAACUUGUACGUAUGCUAUGGUGCACUUGACCUCUUUCUGGUAUAAUACGUGCAACGCUUCCCAAUGUACGCAACGUCAAGCCUCUAGCAACUGGGUCAUUAGAAUGAAUUACACUAUAAAUUCUUCUAACAAACUCGUCAAUGUUUAAUAUUUUGUCAAUGUGUUUUUCUGUCUGUUGACAAACUUGCAACACCCAAAGACGAAGAAAAUUAUUUCCCAAGCGAAAAACAUCAGCCAGCUUCAAGAAAGACGAAUUAAUAAGAAUUGGAAAUGGAUAUUUUUCAAUAAGACGAGGGAAACGUACAAUAGCUUCACAUUGUUCACCGACACGACUAGAACGGAGACCUUUAUCUAAUUCAAUCAAAGCAGAAUUGGCAUCUUGAUCAGGUUCUCCUAAAAGGGUUUCACAAAUAGCACUUCGAAGAGCUGGCAUCUUACAAGUAUUGCACAAACAGUAUUAUUAAAACACAAACCUUAUUAAUUAGCAUUAGUUGCACAUAAAAUUAUUUAACUUAAUAAUAGUUAUGUAUAUAAAUUACCAGAAACACUGAUCUGCACAUGAUACUUAACAUAAUAUUUUUUAAUAACUGUUAAGUAGUAACUAUAAUUAUUACGAAACAAUAAGUUAGUGAAAUUCUUAGAAUUUAUUUUGAAUUUGGAUCUUUUGAAAUUUCGUAAUGUUGACUGUCAUUACAUUGAUUUAAACUUGUAACAAAUAAAACAAACUACAUU